AUGUCCGAAGAUUGCUGGGUGUCAGAAGAUAGAGCAGAAGUGGGCCUAAGCGCUGAAAUGCAAAGCAAAGAUGUGCCAGUCAAUGCUUCAGUCCAAGGACCCCAAGUCCGCUUGCGUGGAGGCGGACCCGACACGCGAACCACGUCAACCACGUCAUCCACGACGUUCAAUACUUACAAGGAUUUUACCCAAUAUCUUGCAACGAGAAAAUGCCCGUCCUGCAACACAGCAUUCAUUGUGGCUCAGAAGGACGUAGAGUCCUUGUUCAGAAGCUGGGUCAACGGAAACAGUUCCAUUUCGCCGCAGAUAAAAUGCAGGAAAUGCUCCAAGUCCACUUGCAUCGCAUGCUUCGACAAAGCAGCCAACAACUCCACCCAAGUCGACGUCCAAGGCACAAAACUAAAGUGGUGCUGCAGUCGCGGCCGCCUAUUCAUGAUCUGGGUCAUGCUCUGCGGCUUCGACCAACAGUACUCAGAUUCCAAGCGCAGAGAAGCCGCCAAAUCCGGGGCAGGUCGUCGAACGACUCAACAGGGAACCGGCACCGGCUAUUCCAGACAGGGUGGCUUCGACUAUGACGAACACCCGUUCUUCGACACCGGCUUUGGCCGCUGUGGUAUGUUUGGGCGGAGUAUGCAGACGAACAUCGAUCCGGGGAGGACGAAGGCGCAAGGCGCCGAGAAGGUCGCGGAUGACUUUAGCAGGCUGGUCCUGUCAUUCCUAGCGGUUCUGCUGCCGUCGCCGGACAGUAAUACGAAUUUCGAUGUUAAUCCGCCUGAGGCGGUGACGUCGAUGCUGCUGGAGAGUAAGGUAUUGAAUCAGGCGGCCGAGCUGCUGCGGAAUGAUUCUCUGGACAACGCGUCGAAGAGGAAAAGCCUUUACGAUGCUUUGCUGGGACUGCUCCGUAACAUCGGAACCCAUAAGAUUACGUCUAGGAAGGCGAUGUUUAGCGAGCGCCUCGUUAGGCCCGACGCUGUCAACCUCUUCACGUUAUCUUUCCAGGGCGGCUUCUCAGGGACGAAACAGGAACCAGCAUCACCACUUGCGGACCUUCUGCGAAACCUGAACAUCCAGAGCAAUAUGAUGAUGAAGGGUGCUUGGAAGAACAGGAAGGAGUUCGACAACCAGGAAGGCAGAGAUAUGCUGUGGCUGUGCCGCAAAAUUUCCGAUCUGUCCGAAUAUCUCCUGGGCAAAGACCAAGCCAAGACAGAAACGGCAGGGUCCAGCGUUGUCGAGGUGCCGGACGAUGAUAUCUGUCCUACGUAUCAUUAUACGAAAGACGCACAAGGAUUGCGCCAGUCGCCCUUCGGAAGGAUCAAGCGUUUAAUAACGGAGAUCACGAGUCUGAAGACUGGAUUACCCCCAGGUAUCUUCGUGAAGCAUGGAACGUCCAGGCUUGACAUCAUGAAAUUCGUGAUCGUCGGUCCAGAAGGCACGCCAUACGAGAACGGGCUUUUCGAGUUCGAUCUCUUCUGUCCGCAGAGGUAUCCUCACGAACCGCCAAAGGUGUGGUUCAAGGGAACGAACGGUGGCACGAUUUAUAUCAAUCCCAAUCUCCACGCAGACGGCAUGGUCUGCCUCUCCCUCCUCGGAACUUUCGAGGGUGAACCCUGGCAGCCUGGCCUGUCAACCCUCCUCCAAGUCCUCAUCAGCAUCCAAGCCAUGAUUUUCUGCGAAGACCCAGUGAGCAACAUCCCCAACAUCGGAAUAAACCAGGGUUUCUUCAACAACUCUGCGUUCAACAAGAAUAUCCGCGGUUUGACUGUGGAAUUUGGCUUGCUGGCAUGGGCGAAGAAACCGCCCAGGUUGUGGAAAGAGGUGGCGGAUGCGCACUUUAGGAGGAAUGCGAAUAAGAUCCUGCAGACUGUCGAGAAGUGGGCAAGGGAGUUCGAUGCGAGGACUCAGCGGGGCGAGUCGCUGAUGGGAAGGCCGGUGAAUAUCCCUACUUUGCUGCCGAAGCUGCGCGAGGUGCUUAGGACGUAUGGUGCGAGUUAUGCACCUCAAAAUGCGGGAACAGCUACGCAACAGCACUCGGGUCGAGGACAAACUGGGUACGGAAGUGGUAAUGGCUCGCAAGGGUUUCCGGGAGGCGGUCGCAGCGGAUUUACGGGCGGAGGUAGAAGUGGUUGGCGGUAUUAG